CGGCGCCAUGUUGGGUCAGUUUGAAAGCCCGCGCGGGCGUCGAGCUCCGCUGUGACGGCGGAGGAGGAUGCUGCGAGCGAGCGGAGCCUGAGGCGCGGGCGGCGCGGUGGCCGACAGGGAUGCUCUGUUGCGUCUCCCGCCGGGCGACAGGCCUGGGUGUUCGGCGGGCAGUUGUACGAAGUUGGUUUCUAAGAAAAAUGAACAUAAAUAACCCAUUUUGAGGAAGGCAUGGCAAAACCAAAUACAAAGCACAGAGUUUGUUCUCGGGAAUCGUCAGUAUCUUCUCUGUUAGCAAACUGCAGCCUCAGUGGUAGUAAUUUCUCUAAUCCUGAUAUCACUGUUCAGUAUAAGGAUAAACUGUACAGUUCUGCAUCUCAGGCUCUACAGGCCUAUAUUGAUGAUUUUGAUCGAAGCCAGAUGUAUCCUGGUGUAAGCACUGGAAAGAUUAACAUUGAUAAAUGUCCUGCUAAUAUGCCAGAAUUCUCCAACUAUAUUUAUCAACCAAACCAUGCUUUCGAAAAAUUUGAUCACAAAGAAGGCUCCUUGUCCUUAUCUUCUAGAAGACGGACUAUUAAUGACAUAGAUUCCAUUAGCCUAACAACUGAUGAUCUGUUAAGACUUCCAGCAGAUGGAUCAUUUCCUUUUACUUGUGUUGGACCAGGUCAUCAAAUUACCAAGAAAACCAAGAAAUGCAUUGGAAGACGGAGUUUAUCGGACACUGAAAAGAAUCAAAAUUUUCAAGAACCCUGCAUUGCCAGGAGCAAGGAUUACUUAGUUACUCCUGUUGUACAUACAAAUAUAAAUGGAAAGCAGUGUCAUAAGCUAAAAAACUUAAAACUUGUGAAUAAGACGACUAAAUGCAUUUCUGAUCCAUCUUUUUUUAAGAAAUCAUCUUUCAAGGACAGUUCAGAACGAGAUCUUGAAAAGAAUUACCCACGAUGGCUCACUGGCCAUAAAUCUGACCUUAAUGUUUCAGGGAUAACUAGUAUACCUGACUUCAAAUAUCCAGUCUGGCUCCACAAUCAUGACUUGCUACCUGACACAAAUAGUCAAAGUACUUAUAAAGUAUUUAAAAACGAGCAGUGUUCCCCAAGACAUAGUUAUCAGGCACAAAGAACUUCUCGACCUAUGAAUAAAUUAGAUUGUUUUGAAUAUUCUUAUGAACCUUCAAAUAUUUCAGAUUUCUUGAGUAGUGGUCAAGGAUUUGGUAAUGAAUAUAAAUGUGAUUCUGAGCAUAGCCAAUGUCAAUGUGAGAAUCCACUUCCAGGACAAUCCAAAAAGCCAUUCAAUGGUGACAAAAUUGAAUUACUUAUCCUGAAGGCCAAGAAAAAUCUAGAGCAUUGUACUAAGUUACCGAAGUCUAUGAAACAGGAUGAUAGUCCUUGUUCAUUGGAUAAACUGGAAGCAGAAAGAUCGUGGGAAAAUGUUCCUGUUACUUUUAAGUCUCCUGUUCCUAUUAACUCUGAUGACAGUCCUCAACAAGCUUCAAGGACAAAAUAUGCUAAAAGUUUCUUAGAGGACAUUUUAAAUGAUGAUGAUCAGAGCUAUACUUUGUCUGGAGGAAAACAUCAUGGUCCUGUUGAAGCCCUGAAACAAAUGUUGUUUAAUCUUCAAGCCGUACAAGAAAGUUUUAAUCAGAAUAAAACUAUGGAGCCAAAAGGAGAGCUUAAACAAGUUUCAGAUGAUGAUUUCUCUAAAUCACAAUCGAAGGAAGGUAUAGUUCCUAUUACUAAGUCACUUCAAAAGGCUUUGCACCAUUUAUCUCGCCUGAGGGACCUGGUUGAUGAUACCAGUGGGAAACAGUCACCGAAAAUGUGAAGAGGAAAAUAAAAGUUUAACCAAUAAAUAGUCACCACAAAAACAGAAAUGUAUUUUUUUUCCUAUUGCUUAAAAUGGCAGAAGAAUGAUAAGCCAUACACUAUUCUGAUUGGUUCAAUUAUUAUUUUAAAAACAAACUUGAAAGUGUCUGUAGGUUUUGUGACCUAUCUUCAUUUUAUGCCAAAAUGCCAGAUGUGAACUGGAAGGACCUACACUAUUCUAUAGACUGACUUUGGCCUUCAGGUCAGCAAAUAUCUAAUUCAAAGAUGGAUGAUUUCCAUUCUUGAAGCUCAUGUGGACCUAACCUUCAGCAUCCUCACCAUUUUAUCGUCUAGUUCUGGAUUAAGAAAUUCUUCCUGGUUUCUAUUUAAAAUAUCUUAAGUGGAAUAGACUUUCUGUUACUGUUAACAUCCACUUUUAAGGAACUUAAAGGAAUAUAAAAAUUCUUGUUGUGUAUCUAAUCCAUAUGGAAGUAUGUUACUUUGAAGUUUUAAGAUAUGUUGUAUUUGCAAAUAACGUUAAUAAUAGAGGGGGUUCAUUGUUAAAAGAAAUAUUGCUUUAUGUUGUGUAAUCCAAGAGAACUUUGUUUAAUUAAUGCUUUGAUUUGAUCCUUUAAAAGAUAGUGGGGUUUUUUAAGUUUUAUUUUAGGGAGAGAGGAAGAGAGGGAAACCAAUUUGUUGUUUCACUUAUUUAUACAUUCAUUGAUUGAUUCUUAUAUGUGGUCUGACUGGGAUCAAACCCACAACCUUGGUUAUCAGGACAAUGAUAUAAUCAACUGAACUACCUGGCCAGACUUAAGAUAAUCUUGAUAUUACUUGACAGUUUACAAAACAUUUUGUGGGAGGAUAUCUGAGAAUUUGAUAUUUUGAUAUUAGAUUAUUUAUCAGAUUUUUAGUUUGGGAGUUAACUCAAAUGAGUAGAAACUAUGAGAUCAGUGGACAACUGCUUUAUGAAAUUUUAUAACUAAAGAAAAUGAAUAUGGGAAAUUGGAAAGCAAUAAAGCUACUUUGUAAGAACUGAACUUUCUCUAAAGCAAUCAGUAGUCUUUAAAGUUUGUCUCUACCUGGAAGUGAGCAGAGCUAUAUUCUUUACCACAAAACUAAGAAUUUAAGUUAUAAAGUGUGACUAACGAAGGAUAUGAAAUUAAAGAAUACCUAUAUAUACAAAUGCUACAAAUUAACUCUCUACUCAUUGGCAGCAUCCUUGCCAAGUAGCUUUAUUGUUAAAUAGGAAUUUCUAAAUACAUUAGGUCAGAAUUUUUUAAUUUCUCUAAAUGUAAAGCUCUAUCUAUAUAAAAUCUUUGCUAUAGAACUUACUUGUCAAAAAUGUAGAGUGAACCCUGUCUCUUUUUUUUCUGGGCCAGUGAGCCAGUUGUCAUAGUGUUCCUGUGCUCAGAUUGAGAGUCUCUUGCCUCAGUAAGUUUGUUUGGUUUACUAUGUGGAAGUACCUGCCAGGGACAUGUUUUCUGAUUAUCUUACAGUCUUCUGCUUCUCAGCUAAUAGUUUGCACCCAAACAGGCGUUACUUUGAUGAUUUAAAAAUGUGGUUUAGCUCUUGCAGGUUUUAAGCAGGUGAACUUCAGGUGGAUCUGAGCUGAUCAUGCUCCAGGCUUAGUGAAAUCCACUCUUAGACAAAUUCUGAAGAAGGCAGAGAAGAUAGAGUCAUCACAUAAUAAACUUCUAAAUUAUAUAAUAUAUGCUGAUCAGACAGAGUAUAUACUUAGAAAGCAUCUCCAAAAGGAUUAUGUGUAAUGACCGAAUGGCACUGGUUUGCUUACUGCCCUCAUUUGCAAUAAAAUAUCUUCAAUACUAUUGAUAAAUAAGAUAAGCCUGCUAUAAAAUUUUAUGUUAUAACUAAUAUUUUUAAGAAACUUGAUUAUAUUUAAUGGAGUACAUUUUUUGUUAAAUAUGGAAGUUAAUCUACCUGAAAAGGGAAUAAAUUUAUCAAAAUUAUUAAUUUCAGCCUUUAAAAAAUAUUUAGGAGAGUCAACUAAGAAAAAAACUAAAUGAUAAGUGAUAAGAAAUUUAAGAAUUGAUUUAUUACAUGUUAAAUAUUUUAGUUUUUGUUGUUUUUGCUAAUGCUCACUAAGGACAUUCUUUCCAUUGGUUUCUAGAGUGGAAGGGAAGGAGAGAGACAGAAACAUUGAUGUGAGAGAGAGACAUAGAAUGGUUGCUGCUCAACUAGGACCAGGGAUCAAACUUGCAACCCAGUUACAUGUCCUUGACUGGGCAUCGAACCUGCAACCCUUUGGUCCAAGGGCUAUUUGCUCUAUCCACUGAACAAUACCGGCCAGGGCUCUUUCAGUAU